AUGGAACCGCAUUCAGCCAAUAGUAACACAGUCACACAAAACUCUGAGGAAUCGAAAAAGUUCGACCUUAAAGAGAUCGGAUCUGAAAACCAAGAAGUCAAGGGGCCAGCACAGCUAGGGGAGGUUGAAACGUGCAGCAGAAGUCCUCUAGAAGAAGAGACUGUGUAUCCAGGCCGCCUCAAAGUUAUCCUUAUAACGAUUGGGUUAAUGUUGGCAGUGUUUCUGGUGGCACUGGACCAGACUAUCAUUGCAACUGCUAUUCCGAGAAUCACGGACAGGUUCCAGUCAAUCAGGGAUAUUGGCUGGUACGGAAGCGCGUAUUUUCUGACUGGAACGGCACUGCAGCCUACAUUCGGUCGAGUCUAUAAAACUUUUAGCAUUAAAGGAACCUUCUUAACGGCCAUUGGGUUCUUCGAACUGGGAUCUUUGAUAUGCGGCGUCGCGCCCAAUAGUGCUACUUUGAUCGUCGGUCGUGCAAUCGCUGGUAUUGGCGUUGGUGGUAUCUUUUCUGGUUGCAUUCUCAUCCUAGCACAUAUAUUACCGCUUCGAAAGAGACCAUUGGCAAUUGCCUGUCUAGCCUCGGUAUGGGGGAUCGCUAGUAUUAUUGGCCCACUGCUGGGCGGCGCCUUUACCGAUCACGUUUCGUGGAGAUGGUGCUUUUACAUCAAUCUUCCAUUAGGUGCUAUCUCAGUCGUAGUUGUCAUAUUAGUGCUAAAGCUUCCUCACAAGUCCGAAGGCCUCACUCUCCGAGAGCGGAUUUACCAACUCGAUCUAGUCGGCGCUGCAAUUCUUAUACCUACCGUGGUCUCUCUCUUGCUUGCUCUCCAAUGGGGCGGCACGACUUAUGCCUGGAACGAUCCCAAAAUUAUCGGACUUUUCAUUAUUCCGUUCCUUUUGAGCUGUAUACUGACUAGCGUGGUAUCUGGGGGCCUAAUCACUGCCGUCGGAUACUACACUCCAUUUUUGAUUGGCGGUAUGUUGCUUUUUGCUAUAGGUGCCGGCCUUAUUACGACGUUCAAUAUCGAUACUCAUUCUAGUCCCGCAUAUUGGAUUGGAUAUCAGACUUUGACGGGCUUUGGGCUUGGUGUUGGCUUCCAGGUUCCGAUUCUCGCUGUACAAACCGUUCUAGAGAUUGAUGAUGUCCCAAUCGGAACAGCGGUUAUCAUUUUCUUUCAAACACUCGGUGCCGCUCUCUUCGUUUCCGUCGCUCAAAGCAUCUUCUCCAACGGCCUAAAACAGGGUCUUCAAGAAUUUCUCCCCGAAGUUCCGCCUAGCAUAUUUAUCUUUUCCGGUGCCACGGAAAUCCAAAAAGUACUGGCAGAUAUCGGAAAACCGGAUAGGCUUGAGGAUGUGCGAAGGGCAUAUAUGGUUGGUUUGAGUAACGUAUAUAAGCUCGCGCUGGCACUAGUAUGCUGUGCUUUCGUUGCAGCAUGCUUCCUUGAGUGGAAGAAUAUUAAAGUUGAGGAACGAAAGAAAACUUCCAAGGAGCCGGGGAUAAAGGAAAAGUCAGAGGCUGGAAUAAAGUAA